AUGGCGAACACUACAUAUCUCAUCACUGGCGGGAACAGAGGUAUUGGACGCGGCCUAGCAGCAGCUCUCCUUACUAGACCAUCCACAACAGUGAUCGUCUCCGUUCGCAAUCCACAAGACUCUUCAUCCCUCUCACUUCGAGACCUCCCAGCCGGACCAUCAAGUUCUCUCAUCAUCAUACCCAUCGACUUCAACGUCAAUGAGUCUGUCGCCGCUGGCAUCGCUGAACUUAAAUCUAAGCACAACAUCACGAGUCUCGAUGUAGUCAUCGCCAAUGCUGCAAUCGGCACAACUUUUCCCAAAGUCAUUGAUGCCAAAGUCGAGGAUAUGAUUCCACACUACCAAGUCAAUGUCGUCGGUGUUGUUGCUUUGUUCCAAGCUGUUUUCCCCUACCUUGAGAAGGCUAAGGAACCGAAGUUCGUGACGAUUGGGAGUAGUGCUGGGUUCAUAGCUGAUAUGAUUCCUUUCCCGAAUGCCGUUUAUGGCACGACGAAAGCUGCGGUGCAUUUCAUCACCAAACAUAUCCACCAAGAACAUGACAACAUCAUUGCUUUCCCCAUCGAUCCAGGAUGGGUUCAAACAGAUAUGGGCAACGGGGGUGCAGUCAUAUACGGUCUUGAAAAAGCCGACAUUGAUGUCAAUACAAGCGUGACUGGACUCACAAAAGUAAUCGAUGCGGCCACCAGGGAGACACAUUCUGGACGGAUGUGGAUUUAUACUGGCGAGGAGCACUCAUGGUAA